UAUCUGUCUAACGAGAGAACAGCUAUACUUGAACAAUAUUACCAGAGUCACAUAACCUUUCCGUAUCCGGAUCGAGAAACGAGAGAAUCUCUUGCCAGUCAGUGUGGGAUCUCUCAUUUGCAAGUUACCAAAUGGUUCAGUAACAGAAGGAACAAAGACAAA